CUUGCUAGUAGAGGUGCACGUUGCGCCCCACAAUACAGGACCGUUAGGUGCCCAUUUUCGCGUGCUGAACCAUUAACUGCUCGUUUAGUCAUCAGCUUUGCAAAUCGGAUUGAAUUUAACAAAAUAGCGUCAACCUAGUUUAAUAUAGGUCUAUUUACAUAAAUUUAGCGAAAAUGGGUACGGAAAAUGAAGCCAACGGAUAUGUAAAAUCAAAAUCGCCUGUUUUAACUAACGAAGUGGCAGCCAGGGGUCCAAAAAUAUUCAAAGAUACUCUAGUGGAGUUUUUUAAGAGAAAUCUUUUGGUAAUACUCACGGUAUCGGGAGUUCUGGUGGGCGCUGGUCUCGGUAUGAUGGUCAGGAAUAUGAACCUGACGCGGGCGCAGGUGACUUAUUUCGCCUUCCCCGGCGAGAUGCUGCUUAGGAUGCUGAAGAUGGUCAUCCUUCCCCUGGUGGUGUGCAGCCUGAUUUCGGGUGCGGCCUCUCUGGACACCCGCUCCCUGGGCAAACUGGGUGGCAUCGCCGUGUCAUACUUCUUGGUGACCACGCUGAUCGCUUCGGGCAUCGGCGUGGUGCUGGCAUUCAUUAUAAAACCGGGAGUGGGUGCAGGGGCACUAAACACUAAUAGUUUGGGGCUGGAAACAGUCACAACAAGCAAGGAGACCACGGAUUCCUUCUUAGACCUUGCCAGGAAUUUGUUCCCAGCCAAUCUCGUGGCGGCCGCCUUCCGCACAUACGCCACCGAUUACAAGUUUGUCGCCGUUGGGAACAUCUCAAAUGGGAGCCUCAUCUACCAGAAGGUACCCAUUGGCACAGAAAUGGAGGGAAUGAACAUCCUGGGGCUGGUCCUGUUCGCCAUGGUGUUCGGCGUGGCGCUGAGGAAGCUGGGGCCUGAGGGGGAGGAGCUUAUUCGCUUCUUCAAUGCCUUCAAUGACGCCACAAUGGUGCUUGUUUCCUGGAUAAUGUGGUACGUACCAUUCGGCAUCAUGUUCCUGGUCGGGAGCAAGAUCGUGGAGAUGGAGGACGUGGUGCUGCUCGUCAGCAGUCUGGGAAAGUACAUCUUCGCCUCCAUCCUGGGCCACAUCAUCCACGGGGGCAUCGUGCUGCCCCUCAUCUACUUCGGAUUCACCCGCAAGAACCCGUUCACCUUCCUGUCCGGCCUAAUCACCCCCUUCACCACCGCCUUCGCCACCUGCUCCAGCUCCGCGACCCUGCCCUCCAUGAUGAGGUGCGUGGAGGAGAACAACGGUGUGGACAAGAGGAUCAGCCGCUUCAUCCUCCCCAUCGGCGCCACGGUCAACAUGGACGGGGCGGCCAUCUUCCAGUGUAUCGCUGCCGUCUUCAUCGCGCAGCUGAAUAACGCCGAGCUCAACGCCGGGCAGAUCUUUACCAUCCUGGUGACGGCCACCGCAUCCAGCGUAGGAGCAGCGGGGAUCCCGGCUGGAGGGAUCAUCACCAUCGCCAUCAUUCUGGAGGCCAUCGGGCUGCCCACCAAUGACCUCUCUCUCAUGCUGGCCGUCGACUGGAUUGUAGACCGGACCACGACGGUGGUGAACGUGGAGGGGGACGCCCUCGGGGCGGGAAUCCUGCACCACAUCAAUGAGAAGGCGACGAAGAGGGCGGAGCAGCAGGCCGGGGGGCAGGAGCUGCUGGAGGUCAAGGUGGAGGUGGUGGCCAACGUGCAGGGCUUGGACGAGGCGUCCCCGCUCGUCACACAGCAGAACCCGGGCCCCAACGGCACCGUGGACUCGUCGGCGGAGAGGAGCGACGGGGAAUCCGGGCUCUGAGCUCGACCACGCAGAGACGCCGUUACCCGUCACGGGGAAGAGUGUACAGCUUGUGUCUGUGACGCGCGGCUGUACAUCGCCACGGGCGUAUCGGCAGAGCAUCGCGGCCUCAGCCCAGCCUGUGAAAAAUCCCUGUUUUUACCUGUUAACCUCCCGUCCUUUGGUCAGCAAACAGGUCACUCGUCUGUCGCCGUUGGUUGUCGGGAAUGUCAAAGUCAGCUGUCUAGGUGGACAGAGAUUAGGAGUAUUUAUAAACUGAUCCACGGUUGCUUUCCGAUCACUAUUUAAAAAUACCAUUAUUUUACAGCAGUGUGUGUACUUAGAGAAUUAUUUUAGAGGCAUGGCAGCGAUGGAUGCAGCUCUGCUCUCUGUUUGGUCAUUUUUAGAGAUGGAUAGUUCAGGCGAAGAAAGUAAAAAUCCAGACCUAGAUUUUGUUUCAACUAGUUAGUUGAGUACUCUGUGACUCUUUAUACUCAACUUUGUUGCUUAAAACAAAAUCUUGGUCUGGAUUUAAAUGUUCUAGACCUGAACUAUGCACCUCUGAUUAUUUUCUUUCUAGAUGCAUCUCUGUCCUGAAACAGACUGCAGCCAUUUUUAAAAUACAGACGCUCCUCUACUUACGAACGAGUUACGUUCCGAACGGACGUUCGUAACUUGAAAUGUUCGUAAGUUGUUAUUCAACAUCAUUUUAAGGGUAUACACAAGUACA